CGGAUUCAAAAUGGAGUAAGGUCGGGAGAGAGUUGUAAUCCACCGAAGGAGGUUUUGCGUUGCAGUAAUCAACACUGUGUGCAAUUUAGCUAAAACGAUCCAUGUGCACGAGAAAAUACAUAGCCCUGUACAAUGACUGACGACAAGAAAACUGGCUCUUUAGGUUUCUUUUCGAGCUACGACGAUUUGAGCGACAGCAGCGACUCGGACGGGGAGGCUGGGCACAGCCGGAGGGAUCCGAGCCAGAAACCAGAGACAGACGCAACGGGAAGUGAACCGAACUCUUCCCAGCAAGGGAGCCACCGACACGCCGGCGAAAAUCGUUUGCCUAAACCUGACGACCUCUUUAACUCGGUGUCCAAACCAGCGUUUCUCUACAAUCCUCUGAAUAAGGAGAUUGACUGGGAUAACCUGACUGUUAAAGCUCCCGAAGAGGCACCCAGGGAGUUUAAGCCAUGGCUGACAAAUGCUGUGCCCCCUCCCCAAAGUUAUGCAGCAGAGCCUGAGAAGAAGAAGGGACCGCCUCCAGGCAUGGACAUGGCUAUAAAGUGGUCCAAUGUGUAUGAGGACAAUGGCGAAGAUGCGCCAAACGCUCACACUGGAAAAGCCCAGUUCCUUCCUCCAGAGGAGCAACAUGUUGACUCAGAUGAGGACUCCAAGACAUCUUCGUCGUCAGCCAAGAAACGUCGAGUGGAGAGCUUCCAGCAAAAGGAGAAGAGGAAGAGGGACAUGGGACAAGCCACUUCUGACAAAAGUUUUGUUGAAGAGGAGAAAAGAAUCCUGAGACAGAAGACUGAGUGAAAUCAGUUAAGAACAUUAGCACAAGGGGCAUUUAGAUUGAUGUCCUUUUAUAACAAUUGGACUGGACAGUGCAACUGGACAAAAGUGUUUGAUUAGUGAUGUAAUUGAUCAUGGUGUGUGUCUUUAUAUUAGUUUUAUUGUUUUCAUGCACAAAUGCAUUUGGGUGCACACCACUGUAAUACGUCUCACCUGUUUAUAUUCACAAUGACAGGCUGUCCUGACACAAUUCAUAUCACUCUAAAGAGCUGAUUUUUUUUCAUCACCUUUCCUUGAACAACCAAACAUGCAGUUAAGAUAAAAUUGUUACCAGUCAAGGUGGGGUUUGCUGUGGUUGUGGAAUAAAUUAGCAUGAUGUGUAGUAACAGUGGCUGGCUAGACGGUAUGAUCGUGCAAUUUUAACUUAGUUUAUUUACAUGUCAUCAGCUAACAAGUGUUUGUGUGGGGCUCGGCAUCUUUAUUUUGUGUUAAAUUCUCACGCGUUAUACAGAAAGUUUGUCAUUUUUACUUCCACCAUACGACUACCAAAAAGAGCUGUGUGUUUCGCUGUUUUUUUUUUCUGUUUUUUUUUACACCAGAUGGCACCAUUACACUGCCCAAAAAUCCAAAGCCUUCGUUUUAGGAAGCCUAUGUUGUCAUGACACUGUUUUCUCUGGAAGAUCAUGAUCUUCAUACUUUCUCAUCGCUGAUCUUUCUGGAUUCUGUAAUGCGGUAAUUACUUUCUUUUCAAAAUUCAAGAACCUGUGCUUAAGUAAGGUAAUGUAUAAACACAUUACAGUGGAAUGUGAUUGUGGUGGUGUGUAGAUUUGUUCAGAGCCAGGUUCCCAAAUGCUGAUACUAUUUGAUAAAGUGCGUACAUGCAUGUUGAUAAAUCUUACUGAAUGUAUGAAUAAUAGAUUCAUAAACCUAAUCGCUGAAUUCUUUAAAAAAAAAUUCCCUUUGUGUUAUUAAUUAGUUAACACCCCACCAAAAAAAACAGGAAUGAAACAGUUUCCCCCAGUAGCACAGCUGGAUGAGUUUUUCUUGAGUUGCAACAAUACAAAAAUCGAAUUUUCUUAUUUUCUGUGUUUAAAAUCAUGAGUCUAUAAAAAAACAGAAAUUGCCAAUCACCCCCCCUCCCUACAGGCCUAAAAAAAAAAAAAAAAAAUUUGGACCUUAAGUGCAAUUCUUUUUGGGGGAUUUGAAAAAAUAAUGUACAGUAUAUACAGAGUUUGUAAUGCUUGUGAGGCACCCAUAGCUGACCACGUUUCUUCCCCUGUCGAUUGACUUUCCCUAUCCACUGGUCAUGUGUUCCUUUUUCACUUGGAAAGCCCCCCCAAAAAAACUCUUGCCACUGCCUGAACCAUUAGUACAACCAAAUGCCACACAAUAAACCGUCGUGACAUCGUUAAAUCAUGCGACAACAAAUACAAAAGGACGGGAACAAUGGCACACAACGCCGAAUGAACAGGAUGUUUGACUCGUGUGACGUCACAGUGCCGGAAAGUGCCGAUGACCGGAAGGCGCAUUCUGCAUCAUAUCGAUCUAACUGCUGUAUAUCUGCUAUAUAAUUACUUCGAAAUGGCAGAUGUGGUUUGUAAAGGGGUUCUAGAGUUCUCAAGAAGAAAAUUAAAAGCUUUGUCCUCUGACCUAAACUAAAUUGUAACCAUAAACCAUCAACACCUUUCAUUUAAAUCUUCACCUUGAUGAAACCGUAGCAGUGCGUAUGACAGAGAAACUGAAACUGAAGUAUCGAUCUCAUCAUACUAGUAUCAAUACCAACUUGUGUUUCAGUAUUACUGGUAUUUGGAUAGAUCUGCCCACCCCUAGAUCAUUGUACUUGCUUCGAGUGUAAUCUCUGCCCCCCAGAACGUUUGGUGUAUUCUGUCUCUGUCAAGAAAGACACCUGUGUAGUUUUCCAAAUCUCAUUGGUUACCAUUUGAUAGCUCCAUCGAUUGUUCUUCUCCAUCGUGUUUAUUAAAUGUAGGUCUGCACACACAAAUUCAUUCUUUGAAUAGUCUAUGACCAAUGAAGCGAUUCUAAUGAAUUUUCAAGCAAAGAAGAAAAAAAAGUAUCAACUAUAAGAACAGUUUGGUGAUCACAGGAAUUCUUCCAGCCUAGCUGUCAUCAUCUGUACACAUGAAAUUGCGGUAAAUGUGCUUCUGAUAAGAUUCCAGCUUCCAGGUAUAAGCCUGGUCUUGUCUGUCAUGCGCACCCGCAGACAGAUUGUAUCAACCAUAUUCAGACUGAACUGACCGGCGAGGUCAUAGCCAUUAUUUUUGAAGAAGUACUCAUCCCACAUACAGCUUAUAGUUGGAUGAAAUCUUAUGUAUGUAUGUAUGUUUUGAAAAACACAUUCAAUCUCUUUAUAGGGACAAUCUUAAAAUUCUUCCAAAUAUUAUACAGCAUUGGGGACAUUGAAAAAGCUGUAUGCCAAAUAUUGUAAUAAAACAUGAAAUUUUUUUAUGAUAAUGAAUAAACUCAAUUCAUUGAGAUAACAUCCCAUCCGCAACAUUAGACAAACCUGCACACAUACCGAAAUUUUGAAAAUAAGUGUUGUAUCAUAAUUUGUACACUGUCAGAUGCUUCAUUUCAUUCAACAACUGGCCUAUUGUGGUUUUCAUUUUCAGUGGUGUAGGACCGCAUCAAACUGAUAUGAUAUUUAAUAUUUAAACCCUCUCAUAAAUGACAUUAAUAGUUGCUCUCUGUGAUGAUGCAGUCCAUUUUUACUCUAAUGCAAGCUACAACCACAAUAAACAUUGUAAAUUAAUUGAUGAAACAGGAAGUAUUGAUGGUUCUGUAGUCAUUU